UCAUCAUUGUUAUUUUGCCUGCUGUCAAGUUAUUCUAGAAUUAGGAGUAAUGAACAUGAAUGCUUUGGGAAGCCCUAUGAUGGACCCUGCGAUUUCCAAACGGAACACGGCGCUGAGAUUAGUUGACUUGGUAGGGGCGCACCACCAUCACCAUCAUCACCACCAUACCCCUCAGAGCGUGACAGGCUUCCCGGGGUUCAGCAGCCAUCCACACUCAAUGGCUCACUCGCACCCUGGGGAGAUUACUGCGAAACCCCGCCUGGGGCCGAGUCCAUUUGGGCCAGAACACAUGGGGCACUCCGCGGCCCUCAAAAUCAGCCCAGCCCAUCAUUACCCACACCACCAUCACCACCACAAUCAUCAUAUGGCAGGCCACAGUGAAGUGGUCUCCAGUCAAACGGGAGCUUUUGGCCCGGUGCAGGCGGCGACCGUCCCUUAUUCCAUGUCCCACACGGCCCAGGCGUUAUCCGCAGCCGCAGGUAGGGAUUUCCUCAUUCGGAGGGAUCUGACAGCUCAAGCCAUGCCGGUACUGACCGACCAGAGCCCCGGUUCAACCUCUCAUCACGGAAUGUUUGUCUCAACAACAGGUAGCUAUCCGGGACACUACGGCCAUCACCCUGAUGCUGGUAGCCAUGCCCUCUUCUCCGGACUCCACCAUGAGCAGUCAUCUAGCGGAGCACCAGGUGGCCAAGCCAUGAAUGGACAAAUAAGGUUAGGAAUACCUAGCGAAAUGUACGUUAGGUCUGAUCACUUGAGUCAAGUGGCGAGCUCCAGGGCUGAUCCGUUCUCCGCCUCGACAAUACAUGGCUACGGCGGUCUGAACCAUCUGAACAUGAACCUCGGCGCUCAGCAUCACGGAGCCGGUGCAUUCUUCCGCUACAUGAGGCAGCCAAUAAAGCAAGAACUCAUCUGCAAGUGGCAUGAACCGGAACUGUCGCCGAAGAAACUCUGCUCAAAAACUUACAGCACGAUGCACGAGCUAGUAACUCAUGUGACGGUGGAGCAUGUCGGUGGCCCGGAGAUGGCAAACCAUAUCUGCUUCUGGGAAGAGUGUCCCAGAGAAGGAAAGCCAUUUAAAGCCAAGUACAAACUGGUAAAUCAUAUCAGAGUGCACACCGGAGAGAAACCAUUCCCAUGUCCCUUCCCCGGCUGUGGAAAAGUAUUUGCUCGAUCGGAAAACCUGAAGAUCCACAAGAGGACUCACACAGGUGAGAAACCCUUCAAAUGUGAGUUUGACGGCUGUGACCGACGUUUCGCCAACAGCAGUGACCGGAAGAAGCACUCCCACGUGCACACCAGCGAUAAGCCCUACAACUGCAAAGUGAGAGGCUGUGACAAAUCCUACACACACCCCAGCUCGCUCCGAAAACACAUGAAAGUCCACUGCAAAUCUCCGCCACCGAGCUCUGGCUACGAGUCAUCAACCCCGUCAUUGGUGUCCCCAUCAUUGGACUUAGGCCGAGAGCCAGGGUCUUCGUCGCUCUCGGAACCAGCAGCCUCGUCCCAGCCCGCCAAUUUAAGAGAGUGGUACGUCUGUCAUAGUUCGGGUGCCAGCGGCACUCAGACACCCCCCAGCGGCUCCUCCAGCCCUGAUUCCGAGGAUGAGGCCCUCUACAGACACCCAGAGCCAAGGGACGCGUACUAACCAAAAUUGGCCUAGAAAAUAAUAAAACAUAUAUCCAAGAUAUUUUUUAAUAUGCCCAUGGACUCAGAAAAUAAACAUAUCGAGAAGGUCUAUUUUCUAAGGCCCAAAUCAUUCAAUGCACUGGCAUAUCGACAAAAUAAGAAACAGCCAAAUUGUAGUUUUGUGAUCGCUUUCUUAUAUCCCCAUGUGGAUGAGUAUGAACAAAUAUUCUGUAAAUUUGUUCAAAUGUCUCGUGCUGGUUAAUUGUAUGUUUGUGUAUGUUGUUGUAUUAUUUUGUAAAUCGAGUUUUGAAUUCAAUAUCUUUUUAAUUUAUUUUUUUUUGAAUCUGACAUGAACAUUUUUUGUAUUAUCGAACCAAAGUGUUUUCAAUAUGAAAAAUAAGUUAAUGUACAUUUGUAAAAUUGCUCAAAUUCAAUGUGUUAAUAACAGUAAUGCUGUAAGCUUUGAUCUUUCAGCCAUUUUAAUUGUUUGCUACUCUUAUUUGUAUAAAUGAAAUAAUUGAGAAGUUUUGAGUUUCAUACAGACAUAUUUUUUCCUAUUGAUUGUUUUGAUAUAGUCUAUUUGAUAUUACAUUCAUAAAUGUUUGGUCAACGUGGUCCAUUUUGUGAUUUGGUCAUUCUUGUCAUUAUUUGUUAUUAAUGCAUUUUUAUAAAAAUGUUGUCCUACCGAGAAAAGACCCUCGAAAUGUGUUACCAACUGCGUUGUAAUUUGUCAGUAUUUUGAA